AUGGACAAAUUACGCAUUUGUACUUACGAAAAUGUUGAUACAUCAAUGCACUCUAAAGGUAUUCUUUUUUCAUACGUGAUGAUGAAUAUCAGAAGCAGCAUACUCAUUCUCUUAUAUAUACCGCAUAUAUUUUCAAGUUCUUAUUUAACUGACCGUGAUUUAAGAGAUACUCUUCUGAAAGGUUACAACAAAGAUGUUCGUCCUGUACGAAAUAUUACCCAAAAUCUAAAUAUUGAUUUAUAUUUCAAAUCAAUCGUUAUAUUCAAUUUGGAUUUGUUUGAAGGAAUGUUACAUAGUAAAGUAAUUAUAGAGUCUAGAUGGACAGACGAAUAUCUUUGCUGGGAUCCCAUUAAAUAUGACAAUCUAACUCAUAUAGAAUUCAAUUCUGACUCCAUUUGGGCACCGAAUAUAUUUGUGAGCAAUGCAGAAAAAGUUACUAAAAUUCCAAGUUUAAGUGAAUAUAUUACAGUGAGCUAUGACGGAAGGACCUCCUAUUUUAUUCGAAGUAUUUAUCGUACAUACUGCUCGAUUGACUUUUACAAAUAUCCUUUUUCACUCAAUGUAUGUAAAAUAUAUUUUUGGUUAUCCAAUGAAAUGGUCUCGUACUUGAAGUUACAAAAUGUAGAUUUAGCUAACACAUCGAAUAUAUGGACAACCAUUUGGAAUAUUCAACUGGAUGGUCAUAAAUAUGAUGACGACAAUUCGACAGACGGUUUUGAAUUAAUAAUCAUGUUAGAACAGUCUUCAUCUGCGAAUAAUAUUGCGAUAAUUAUAGGGAUUUUGUUGCUAUCAUUACUGACGAUUUUGGAAAAAUUUAACCGAAUUGAGAGUAAAACUUCUCUACGACGAACAGACUUUUAG